GGGAAUUUGAGGCACAUAUUGGGUGCGUGUGGAUAAAACGCGUAUCAUCGCCAAUCAGAAUCCAAACUCAUCUUUGAAUCUGACAAACCCUUGGCUGACCUGGUAUUUGGUCAAACUCUCCCACGCCCCUCCCCAUAAAAUUCCUCCCGAAACCAAUCCUCGGCGACUCAGAAACACUUCCAUUGCCGCCACACGCCCCGCCGCCCUCCCCAGCCGCAACUUUCUCGGCGGAAUCGAAAUUCACGGUUCGUGUCUUAGGAAGCGCUGGGUUCUGUGCACGAGCAAUGGCGGUCUCGAGCGCGCUUUUAGGGACCAAACUCGAGACUUUGCUUGUCGGCCACGCCGCCGCUUCGAUGCCGGCGGCUUCUCAGGCGUCAUUCCGGGUGUUCCGCAAGCCAUUUCUAGCUUCGAGAGGCCCGUUCAAUUCGGCAAUCCGUUGCCAGGUGUCGGAUGCUGUGACCCAAUCUCAGAAUGUUGUAUCGGAAGCUUCGGCUUCCAGCCUUUCGGCUCUCGAGCUGCUCAAGACAUCUGCUGGAGACAGGUACACAAAGGAAAAGAGCAGUGUCGUUGUUAUUGGGCUCAGUGUCCACACCUCACCAGUUGAAAUGCGUGAAAAGUUAGCUAUUCCUGAAGCCGAGUGGGCUAGAGCCAUUGAUGAGCUCUGCAAUUUGAAUCAUAUUGAAGAAGCUGCUGUUCUUAGCACCUGUAACAGGAUGGAGAUAUAUGUGGUUGCUCUUUCUCAGCAUCGGGGUGUCAAAGAAGUUACUGAAUGGAUGUCAAAGAAAAGUGGGGUCCCGGUUGCAGAGAUCUGCAAGCACCGCUUCAUGCUAUACAACAAAGAUGCCACACAGCACCUCUUUGAGGUAUCAGCCGGGCUGGACUCUUUAGUUCUGGGAGAAGGUCAAAUUCUAGCACAGGUUAAGCAUGUUGUCAAGGUGGGCCAGGGGGUGACUGGCUUUGGGAGGAACAUCAGCGGACUGUUCAAACACGCCAUCACCGUGGGGAAGAGAGUCAGAACUGAAACAAAUAUUGCAGCAGGGGCGGUUUCUGUCAGUUCAGCCGCUGUAGAACUGGCAUUGAUGAAGCUUCCAGACUCUUCACAUGCUAGUGCUAGGAUGUUGGUCAUUGGGGCAGGCAAGAUGGGGAAGCUCGUGAUCAAGCACUUGAUCGCAAAGGGCUGUACAAAAAUGGUGGUCGUUAAUAGAAGCGAGGACAGAGUUGCCGCCAUCCGGGAAGAGAUGACAAAGGAUGUCGAAAUUACAUAUAAACCCCUAGAAGACAUGUUGCAGUGUGCCUCAAAUGCUGAUGUCAUCUUCACCAGCACAGCCUCAGAAACCCCAUUGUUUCUCAAAGACCAUGUCCAUGCUCUUCCUCCCGUAGGCUCUACUGUUGGAGGGCUAAGGCUAUUCGUUGACAUAUCAGUUCCUAGAAACGUCGGUGCUUGUGUGGAUGAGCUUGAGACUGCCCAAGUCUACAACGUGGAUGAUCUCAAGGAGGUAGUGGCUGCAAAUAAAGAGGACCGUCUCCGAAAAGCAAUGGAAGCUCAAGCAAUCAUAUCCGAGGAAUCAAAACAGUUCGAAGCCUGGAGGGACUCACUGGAAACGGUACCCACCAUCAAGAAGCUGAGGGCUUACGCUGAAAGGAUCAGAGCAGCUGAGCUGGAGAAAUGCUUGUCGAAAAUGGGAGAUGAUGUCACAAAGAAGACAAGGAAGGCAGUGGAUGAUAUGAGCAGAGGAAUAGUCAAUAAGAUCCUUCACGGUCCCAUGCAGCAUCUGAGGUGUGAUGGGAGUGACAGUCGGACUUUGAGCGAGACCCUUGAGAACAUGCAUGCCCUAAACCGGAUGUUUAACCUUGAGACUGAAAUAUCAGUGUUGGAACAGAAGAUUAGAGCCAAGGUAGAGCAAGCUCAGAAGUGAGGACAACCUGGGUCUUGCUAAUGACUAAUGCACUGCAACCAUUUUCGCUUUAGAAGUAAAAAAUCUCAGAUGUGUGUAGGAAAGAAUAUCAAAGCCUGCAUGCAUCCUGUGUUGAUUCUGAUGUACAUUUGAGACCAGCCUAUACACAUUCUUCGUUUGUAUUCUGCUGAUUUCUCCCAUGCACGUAAUGGUCGGUUUGCUGGAGUUCUUAACUGAAAUGAGCUCAUGGAAACUGUUCAUAAUAAAUAUUACUACAGAUUUGUAACUAAGGCAUCGUUCACUUAUUUUUGUAACUAAUGCACGGUUCAGUUAUUGUUCUUCAUUCAACUUUUAUUGCGGAGUGUUUAUUAAAAUUCGAUUUAGAACAUCCUUUAAUUAGGCAUACAUAUUUAGAGUUCAUUUUGUAGCCCCAAAUUUGAGUUUACCAAUUUAAUCUGUCAACUUUUUAUUAUCAAAUAAGUAAUUUUUCAUUUCACG